CAGGACGCGUUGCCCUUUCCGCGCGCGCUGAGUGUGGCGUCCCUGUGGGGUGUGAGGCCGGGAUUCCUGGUGGGUUCACCCCGUGCCCGCCCCUUCCAUCGGGGGCUGGGCUUCAGCUCACCUCACGCGGGCUGCUUUCGAAGCCGGAGGAGGGGCUCGAGGACGGCGGCCCGCGGUGCGCAGGCGAAACAUGGCGGCGGCCUCGGUCUCCGCGGCUUCUGAGGCUCAGUUUUCGAACAUCCCAGCUGAACCAUCAAGAUCUAACGGAAGUAGGGUUCGUCAUUCUUCAUCUCCGUAUGUAUUAUAUCCACCUGAUAAGCCUUUCCUUAACAGUGAUCUGCGACGCUCCCCAAAUAAGCCCACACUUGCCUAUCCAGAAAGCAACAGCAGAGCCAUAUUUUCUGCUCUUAAGAAUCUUCAAGAUAAGAUUCGACGCCUAGAACUGGAAAGGAUUCAGGCAGAAGAAAGUGUGAAAACCUUGUCUAGGGAAACAAGUGAAUAUAAAAAAGUAUUGGAUGAACAGAUACAAGAGAGAGAAAAUUCAAAGAAUGAAGAAUCAAAACACAAUCAAGAACUGACAUCCCAGUUGUUAGCUGCAGAAAAUAAAUGUAAUCUUUUAGAAAAACAAUUGGAAUACAUGAGAAAUAUGAUAAAGCAUGCCGAAAUGGAGAGGACAUCUGUCUUAGAAAAGCAGGUUUCCUUAGAAAGAGAACGGCAACAAGAUCAAACCCAUGUUCAGAGCCAGCUGGAAAAACUGGAUCUUCUUGAACAGGAGUACAACAAGCUCACCACAAUGCAGGCCCUUGCAGAAAAAAAAAUGCAAGAGUUGGAGUCAAAACUCCGUGAAGAAGAACAGGAAAGGAAGCGUAUGCAGGCUCAGGCAGCAGAGUUGCAGACUGGUCUAGAAGUUAAUAGACUUAUUUUUGAAGAUAACACAACUUCAUAUAUUCCAACCAGCAAUAGAAGAAUUAAAAGAAAAAAGUCUAAACCACCAGAAAAGAGAAGUUCUAGAAACUAUUUUGGUGUACAGCCACAUUACAGAUUGUGCUUAGGCGAUAUGCCUUUUGUUGCAGGAAAGUCCACCAGUCCCAGUCAUGCUGUGGUAGCCAAUGUUCAGCAUGUAUUGCAUCUGAUGAAGCACCACAGUAAAGCUUUGUGCAAUGACCGAGUUGUUAACACUAUUCCCCUGGCAAAGCAAGCCUGUUCACGAAGUAUUAAGACUAAGAAGUCAGUGAUGCCUCCAUCCAGCACGGUUAAUGAAGAACUGUCAGAAGUCUUACAGACUUUACAGGAUGAAUUUGGGCAGAUGAGCUUCGAUCACCAGCAGCUUGCUAAACUCAUCCAGGAGUCACCAACUGUGGAACUAAAAGACAACUUAGAGUGUGAACUGGAGGCUUUAGUGGGAAGAAUGGAAGCAAAGGCCAACCAGAUAACUAAAGUGCGAAAAUACCAAGCACAGCUGGAGAAACAAAACAUAAAUAAGCAGAAGAAGGAAUUAAAAGUUAACAAAAAGACUCUUGAUGAAGAAGGAAAUAGCAGCAGUCGUUCACCUGGAGUCACAAAGACCACAAGUAAGAAGGAUUUUGCCAAACAGAGACCUGGAGAAAAAAGCAAGAAAAAUCUUCAGUUACUGAAGGACAUGCAAACCAUACAGAAUUCAUUGCAGAGCAAUAAUCCGUGUUGGGACUACUGAUACCAGGUCAUAAAUAAUGUACCUUACCGGAUAAUGACAAUAGACUUUUCCAGGUUUCAUGUUUGCUAAUGUUGCCAUUACUAGCAGGUGGUAAGGGGCCCAAUUUUCAUUACACAAUCUCUUGUGUUAUAGCACAACUAAAUGGAAAUGGAGUUUUACAGGCUGAGAAGCUGCAGUGUUUCUUUGAAUUUGCUGUAUUCAUAUACUGCAUUUUGUAAACAAAUGAUGAGCUUUUUUUACUUUGUGGGUGUGUUUUUAAGUAGGUGUAGAUAUAUAUAUAUAUAAAUUGGGUUUGAAAAUUCAGAAUAUGGGGCGGUCUCCAUAGUCAGUGCUUAAAAAGUCUUGUUUCUAAAUCUUCCCAUAGCAUGAAGUGCCCACUAUUUUUCCUUCUCCAUAUGACCAUUAAAUGUACUAUCUUCAACUGCUGAUAGAGACUUUCUGUAUUUAAAUAUUUAUAUAUUUAAGAGGACUUUGUUUUGCUUUUUGGUGUUUCAGAUGUUCAUCAGUAUUGAAUUCACUGUUAAACACCCAAACAUUUUAAGUCAGUUACCCAUGAAAUAUGUAACAAUUUCUUUAUAAAACCAUAAACAGUUGUUAAUGAACUUUUGCAAUAAAGACUUAGGAGAAGGGAGAUGUUGUAAAGUGUACGCAUUUGCAGAUUUUAGACAAUCCCUAUCUGUAAUCAUGUUAUUCAUUGAAGCACUGGUUUUUAAUCUUGACUCUUAGAAAACCCCAUGCUUUUUUAGCACAUAGUAUAACAGUAGAAUGUGAAGAGAACACACAGCUAUCAUUAUGUCAAUUUAAAUUAUAAUUUUGAAUAGAUGGACAUGUUAAACUUCAUAAAUUUGGUACUUGAAAUAAAUAAAGCAAUUUUUAAAUUUAA